GUCUUGUCUCAUCCUCUGUGUCUGGUAUUAAGUCAUGGGGAGGAAGCUGGAUCUGUCCGGUUUGACCGACGAUGAAACAGAGCAUGUUCUCCAGGUGGUUCAGAGAGACUUCAAUCUUCGCAAAAAAGAGGAAGAACGACUAAGUGAGAUGAAGCAGAAGCUGGAUGAGGAAGGCAGCAAAUGCAGCAUCCUCUCGAAGCACCAGAAGUUCGUGGAGCACUGCUGCAUGCGCUGCUGUGCUCCCUUCACCUUCCUCGUCAACACCAAGCGCCGCUGCGGGGACUGCAAGUUCAACGUCUGCAAGAGCUGCUGCUCCUACCAGAAGCACGAGAAGGUCUGGGUCUGCUGUGUCUGCCAGCAAGCAAGGCUUCUGAGGACCCAGUCCCUGGAAUGGUUCUACAAUAAUGUGAAGAGCCGCUUUAAGCGCUUUGGCAGCGCGAAGGUCCUGAAGAACCUGUACAGGAAACACCGGCUGGAGAGUGGCGCGUGCUUUGACAUGUUAGCUUUUUGAGUCAAACCUGGAGAAUGAAGGAAGCAUUUCAGGCAGUGAUUCGACAUUUUAUAGGCAGUCAGAAGGACACAGCAUGAUGGACACCUUGGCUGUAGCCCUGCGCGUGGCUGAAGAGGCCAUCGAAGAGGCCAUUUCCAAAGCGGAAGCCUAUGGCGACAGCCUGGACAAGCAGAACGAGGCCAGCUACCUGCGUGACCACAAGGAGGAGCUCACGGAGGAACUGGCCACGACAAUCCUACAGAAGAUCAUAAGAAAACAGAAGAAUAAAAGCGAGCAGCAGAUGGAAGAAGAGCCCGAGUGGUCACAGCCUCCAAGCUGCAGUGCAAAGGUGGCAGCAGGGGAGGGGACCCUAGCCUUCCCAGGAGAGCGCCGAGCUUCCGCCAGCCUCUGGCGCUCCCAGUCUGCGUUCUCCAUCACCGGGGAAGAUGCUCUGAAGACCUCUUCCCUGGAGGCUGCAUCGAGACAGCUGAGGGAUCGGGGCCAGCACCCACGGGAGGACCCUGGCCUGCCCAGCUGGAAGAGCAUGGACAGGCUGCAUAAAACAGACCUGGCCCAAGUUUUGCAGAGCCCGGAUGGCAACUGGGUGGCCCUGAAGGACGGUUCUCUGCCCCCCACCCGCCUGCUGGCCAAACCUAAGAGCGGGACCUUUCAGGCCCUGGAAGUGGCCUCAAGUGUGGCCUCUGCUUAUGAUGAGAUGGGGUCCGACAGCGAGGAGGACUUCGACUGGAGCGACGCCUUGAGCAAGCUGUGCCUGCAGUCCCAUGGCCUGCCUAGGAACCCCCAGCCUCAGCCCAUUCAGGCAGAGGGGCCCAGCCAAGGCCUCUCAGCUGCCUUCCCCACUUCCGGGGCCUCCUGCAACCCUGAGGCUACGUGCUCUGAUUCAGAGACCUCUUCGGCCAGCUCUUCCCGGGAAGCUGGGCGCCGGGCCAGACUGUCCUGGUUGCAGAGGAAGGCGCCCAGGAACCCCAUGGCUGAGAAGAUGGGCCUGCAGGGGGAGCUGGAUGUGAACUUCAAUCCCCAGAUGGCCAGUGGUGAGACGUCGGACAGCAGCGAGCAGGAGGACACUCCCCAUGCCACAGACCGGCGGGCCAGGAGGUGGAGAAGGGCCCAAGUAGGUUCAGAGGAACCAAGCAAGGAACCCUCUUCCCCCAGCACCCAUCCUCAGGACCCAGACAUUCAGCAGGUAUCAGAUGAUCUGUCAGAGACUGACAUCAGCAGUGAGGCUCAGCACCUCCAGACCGGCAAGGACACCACAGAGGAGAAACUACGAAACAGAUUGUACGAGCUAGCCAUGAAAAUGAGUGAGAAGGAAACUUCUUCGGGAGAAGAUCAGGAGUCUGAGCCCAAGACGGAAUCUGAGAACCAGAAGGAAAGUCUGUCCUCUGAGGAGAACAGCCAGAGCAUCCAGGAAGAGCUGAAGAAGAAGUACUCUGCUGUCUCUCUCUGCAACAUCUCCACAGAAGUCCUGAAAGUCAUCAAUGCCACCGAGGAGCUGAUCGCAGAAUCGACAGGGCCCUGGGAGUCCCCUCCGGUCCCUCCUGACAGAGAGAAGGGGACGUUUCCCCUUGGGACAGACCAAGUGAGACUGGAUGAGCAGCUGACUUCCCUGGAGGAAAACGUGUACCUGGCCGCAGGCACCGUGUACGGCCUGGAGGGCCAGCUGAAUGACCUUGAGGACGCCGCCCGCUGCAUCCACAGUGGAACCGAUGAAACCGAACUGGCAGAUCUGGAGGACCAGGUCGCCACCGCUGCAGCCCAGGUCCACCAUGCUGAGCUCCAGAUUUCUGACAUCGAGAGCCGAAUUUCAGCCCUGACCAUCGCAGGAUUGAACAUCGCACCAUGCGUGCGCCUCACAAGAAAACGGGGUCAGAAGCAAAGGAACCAGGUACAUACCAUAGAUACGUCGAGGCAGCAGAGGAGGAAACUGCCGGCUCCCCCAGUGAAAGCUGAAAAAGUUGAGGCAUCGUCAGUGACCACCACUCAAACAUUUAACCGGAACUUCAUUCUCCAAGGCUCUUUGACAAACAGAAGUAAAGAAAGGAAAAGCACCACCGAGAACUUGAUGGAGCCCUCUCUGGAGUCUGCUGUGAUGUAUUGAUGCCAUGGAACUCUACUGCCAGUGACCCACUGCCUCCGGCCGUACACGACAGUGCCUUGACCCAACAGCCAUCCAAUACAGUAUGGAUUUCCACCCGAGGACAGAGCCCGGGGAGGCCAUGGUGCCCCAUUGCACAGGGCUGUCCCGUUACCUCACCAGAAAGCAGUCCCAGACUUCAGCACCUCGGUCUUGCCCACUCUCUGCCUUCGGCUCCAGGGAAUCCAAGACAGAAAACCAAGACGCUGACUUCCAACAGCAGAGCUCUGCGUCAAAGGAUGCAUCUUUUCCCUGUUCACUUUGCUACUGUGUGUUGUCUUUUAGUUUUUUCUUUUUUCUUUCUUUGCAAUCCUUUUGUUUCCACUAGAAUUCCCUGUCAACAUUCUGUCCAAAGGAAAAUUGUUGGAGGGCGUGGAGAGGAGAGGUGGGGAUUGUUAUUUAAUUCAUCAUCAAUGCUCAUUAAUUUCACAAGCAUCUUUGUCUUACCAAAGGGGAGAAAUUAAGAUCCCGGGCUGGUCUAAUUUAAGAUUCACUCAAUCAUCUAGAAGGACAGUCUCCCCUUUGACUUCUUCCUGCUAGGCUCCCAGUCAUCCCACUGCCGUCCAUUCACAAGCCCUCACUCACCCACAGCACACCCAGGUCUAGCUGAACCACCUUCUCAGUAACAAUUUAGGCUUCUUCCAUGGACUUGCCGAGAGGUUCCCCUCUCUGAAAGGGAGAGGGGCUUGAGAAAGACCACCAUUGGGUCAAGAUGGAGCCACUGCCCAAAAUCAACAUGAAGUAUUGUUGCCAUGGCCACCUCUAAAUAGGGUUUAGGUAAAUGAGUUCCUGCAGAAUGUAAUCUCGUAAGAAAAUGUCUAUCCUCCAAAACCAAUGUCCCAACACAUAUUCAGCAAAGUAGUAAAAUGAUCUCAAAGAUCAACAAUGGUUAGAGAACCACCUUAGAAGAUGGGCAGGGAUGAAAAAACCAAGGACGACUGAACUGAAUGAACGUCAGAGAUGACACUAAUUUCACGUUCGUGCUCUAGCUGGAGCUGUGUCAGAUGCAUGAGUUUCUACAGUAUGUUUGAGAAGGCAAAUGGAACUGGAAUUUUACUCAAUUAGCUGGGCAUUAGCAACCCUUUUUCUGUUGGUUUAUUUGUGCCUGACAUAUUCUUUUUUUUUUGUUUUUUUUUUUUUGGAGAGGUUUU